UAGCCGAAAAACGAAAAAAAAAAGGUCCCUAUUCUGUGCUGCAGCCCGACGAUGAUUGUGGGGUAUCUCCGCCCUCUCACCCUCUCGGCGGCCGAACCUUGCCGACACGCUCCGCUCCUCCUACCCGAAACUAGAACAGCCGUUUCCUUCAUCAAACCCUGCUGCCUCUCCACCGGUCACCUCCAUCGCCUUUCGAUUCGCGCUGCCUCUUCUUCUCCGGCGCAUGCGCUUCUCUCUCAGGCACCCGCACCGACAAACCCCCGAUGGAUUGUGCUCAUGGAAAAACCUACGUUUUCCGGAUCCUCCAAGUCGGAGAUUAUUGAUUACUACGUCGAUACUUUAGCAAGGGUUGUCGGCAGUGAGAGAGAUGCUCAGAUGUGCAUCUACGACGCAUCCUGGGAGUCCAAUUUCGGGUUCUGUUGUGACAUUGAUGAGGAAUCAUCUCGUGAACUUGCCCGUAUUCCAGGAGUUUUAUCUGUUAGAUCUGACGAUAGUCCAGAUGCAGGAAAGAAGGAUUAUAGCCGUUUGAACCAUUUGCUAGUUGAUCACUCAAAAUCUGAUUUCAAUGCUCCAAAGUUUUCUCCCUCUGGUAAAAAUUAUGAAUAUUGGCUUGUUAGAAUGAAGAAGCCUGGGGUUGAAACAAUCACGAAGGCACAGAUGGUGGACUAUUAUGCUCAGAUACUAACAAAGGUUUUGAGGAACGAGAAAGAUGCUGAAGUGAGCAUAUAUCAUAUAUCAUGGGAGGCUGACCUUGGAUUUUGUUGCCAGAUUGAUGAGGAAUGCGCAAAGGAACUGAGUGCAGAUGUGCCUGGUGUAUUGUCUGUAAGGCCUGAUCUCAAUUUUGGCUCCAAAAACAAAAAUUACAAAGGAAGCAAUGUAGAACUAAAAUCAAGCGGUACAAAUGAUUCUACAGAAAUAAGCCCACCAGAUGUAAAAACUAAAAGGAUUUUUGUGACCGGGUUAUCCUUCUACACGUCUGAGAAAACCCUGCGGGCAGCGUUUGAGGGCUUCGGUGAGCUUGUUGAAGUUAAGGUUAUAAUGGAUAAAAUAUCGAAGAGGUCCAAAGGCUAUGCUUUCAUAGAGUAUACAACAGAGGAGGCAGGGGGUGCAGCGCUCAGAGAGAUGAAUGGGAAGAUAAUUAAUGGCUGGAUGAUAGUCGUUGAUGUUGCCAGAACGAACACAGCUGGAUCUUUCAGGGGGAAGCAGCAUGAUCAAAUGUCAGCGGUUUCGUCGAAUCAAAUCAAUAGAUGGAACUGAAAUACUCCUCUUUAAUCUACUAAUGAAGCCAAUCAGCAACAUUAAGAUUUCCUGAAUAGUUGCAGAGGUCCUUAGAGAAGAUCAAUAGAUCAUCUCUUACAAGCAGUGAUCAGUUACAUUGAGCUCAUUGUUUCACUUUUGUUUAGGUCAUUGGGAGCCGGACUCUAUACUUUGGAAGGAGACCUGAAGGGGCUUUAAAAAGCAGCUUUAAUUUAUUAUGUGAACUUGCAUAUAUAAUAUCAUCAAUUAGUUUGAUGUGUAAAUUACUUGAGCAUUGUUUUCUGCACUAGGAGAGUUUAAAAUUCUUCUUUUUGACUCUUAAGACACAAUAGAAGAAAAAAAUGAUUCAUGUAGCCGACCCCAUGUAGUGCGAUAAAUAUUGGAUGUUAUUGUUUUUCUGUGUUUUACA